UUACUGAACGAAAAAGAAAAGUGGCGCCAUACGCAUUGUGACCUAGCCUCAAUCGUCUCCUCCACUCCUGCCAAUCGCCUCCGCUGCCGCCGUCGCACCGUCGUAUCGCUGCUCCAUCUGACCACUGAUCAUUAAAAAAAAGACAUCGUACACCCAAUCGCUCGUUUUCAGCCUGGAACACUUGCUACGGAGGAGAGGGACUUUUGGAGUCAAUGGAGAAUGUAACAAGAUGACAAACACAGACAAAGAAGAAUGCUAAAAGUGUGGAUGAAUCUAUAGAAAAGGAUCUAGCAUAUAUAUGAAUGCGUGUUUGAAUCAAGGUAGAGUGGGGAAAGAAUGGAUUCUAGCCAUGGUAAAAAGAGAAUGAAUGUAGAGGACGACGAUAGACUAAGCAGCUUGCAAGAUGAGCUUAUCCAUAAAAUUCUUUCUUUUAUUGGUAUCAAACAUGCUAUUCAAACGAGUGUUUUGUCAUCGAGAUGGAGGUUUAUUUGGACUUCAAUGCCUUAUCUCAAUUUCUCAUGGGACGAUUUCUGUAAGUUACCCAAGUUCUCCGAAUUUGUCACUCGUGUUCUCUCUGGCCGCAAUAAUCAAACAGAAGUGUCUUCAGUCAAGCUUAGUAAUUUUCGCGGAAAGGAUGGCGAUGUGAUUGCCGAACAAAUCAUGAAGUAUGCAUUCUCUCACAAUAUCCAACAACUGGAUGUUGCAUGCUUGCCUCAGAACAUUGUCUUAACAACAUCUACUUGGGAGCUCCCUGUCUUAACAACAUUGUAUCUCGAUGGUGUCACUUUGUGUUGUGAUGAAAAGACUGAUAAGUGCAUUGAUUUUUUCUCCAAGUGUGCAAACUUGAAGAAUCUUACCUUAAAAAGUUGCUAUACGAAGGGAUUUAAGGGUUUAAGUAUUUGUCUUCCUCUACUAUCUAAUCUUACACUUGAAGAUGGUUGUGGUAGUGUGAAGGUUUACAAUAUUGUUGCACCUCAACUCAAGAACCUCAAUAUGAGUGGUGUCGUUACGCAAGACCAUCAGUAUCUGAUUUCUGCGCCCGACCUUGUAUCCUUGCUUUAUAAAGGGUUUUAUGAUUUGUCACUUUCUACAGACGAUUUCCCCUCUUUGGAGAAGGCGGAUAUUUGUGUAUCUUAUCCAAGAGAUGCUCAUCAAGCUCUACGUCUGCUUCAACAACUUCACAAUGUCAAGUCUCUUACACUUAACUUGGAAAUUGUUGAGCUUCUAAAUAAAUCUGUGGAUUUAAUGUCGUAUCAACCUUCUCCGUUUGUUAACUUAAAGAGUUUAAAGAUUCAUCCUGUAAGAGAACUUUCAAAGGUUCGAGAACACAAUAGAGGAAAGAUGUCUGCGGAAGUCAAAAGCUAUUUGCUAGAUAGUUCUACAGGUGCCACCUUAAUAAUGGUGUCGCGUGAGGAUAUUAGAGCUAUUAAAGACACCAAGUUUGCACAAGAAUUUGUUUCAGAGUUAUGGGAGCUGUUAGAGGAGGAGAAAGCUAUAAGAGAGGCCAAAAUGACGAUGCAUGAGCAAGGGAGGCCACAUUUUAGUGAACAUAUCUAUAAGUGUAACAAUAUGUGUUGGGAAUAUACGAGUGUGCAGGUUAAAGAAGGGAAAGAAAAGACUUCUGACAUUAUCUCAAUGUUGCAAAAUAUUAAAGGAUUACUGGCAAAGCUGCCUACAUCAAACCAGGCUACCAUUCAACCAUCUUUUUCUACUUUGUGUGCUGAGGCCGCCAUCGUGACGCAUAAAAUAACAGAAUGCAUAAAGAUGGACUGUGAUGAGAAUCAAAGACGUUUAAAUGUGUGCUUGCAUGAACUUGCUACCACAUUGCAGCCGUCUUCUUAGCAAAGUGCAAGUUCUUGAGUUACCUUGUACUCACUAGUGAUGACUCUAAUCAAAAGGUAAACUUUUGUCGUGAUAACGUUCUUUUGUUCGGAUAUGCUUGUUUUCUACCAAAAAAGAUCUUGACUGCCAACUCUUGGUACCGUAUUGCUCUUAAUUUGGUGUCAUUGCUGCCUCAUUAUUUAUGUUGGUUGCUUUAUCUAAUCGAUGAAAAGUUCGUUUAUCUUUAUUAUUUGAGUUUUUUGUUUAUAUUU